CCUUAAGGACGAAUUGAAUACUUAAUUAAGAGAUGGAAGUCGCAAAGGGUGUGGAUCUUGAGAGAUACAUGGGCAGAUGGUACGAAAUAGCUUCAAUCCCAUCACGAGAUCAGCCUAAAAACGGCACCAACACCAGGGCUACUUACACAUUGAACUCAGAUGGCACUGUUCAUGUUUUGAACGAGACUUGGAGUGAUGGAAAGAGAGGGUUCAUUGAAGGCACGGCUUACAAGGCUGACCCCAAGAGUGAUGAGGCCAAAUUGAAGGUCAAAUUCUAUGUGCCACCCUUUCUACCCAUCAUACCUGUUACUGGUGAUUAUUGGGUUUUGUAUCUUGAUGAUGAUUAUCAGUAUGCUCUCAUUGGUCAGCCUUCCAGAAACUCUCUAUGGAUACUGAGCAGGCAAAACCAUCUUGACGAGGAGAUAUACGAGCAGCUAGUUCAAAAGGCCAAGGAAGUAGGGUAUGAUGUGAGCAAACUGAAGAAGACAACACAUGCAGACACCCCGCCGGAGACUGAAGAUGCACCUGCCGACAACAAAGGAAUCUGGUGGUUGAAAUCCAUUUUCGGCAAAUAGCAAUAUAUAUAUAUGUAUAUGUAUGUAUGUAUGUAUGUAUAUGUAUAUAUGUAUGUAUGUAUUGUUGGAUUGGUGGAGCUGAGCUAGUGUUUGUAUGUUUGAUUCUGUAUGUUUUUGCUACAUAAAUAUUGGAAUGAAAUCAAUCUGAACUGAAAA